CUGAAGGUCUAAUAGGAGGAUUAGAUCCUAAUCUGAACUACUUGUUCUCUAUAUCUACAUCAUUUAAUGUUAAUGGAAUCAUUUAUGAAGGAAAGAAGACUCAACCAAUACUACCAGCAUCAUCAACAACAUUUUCUUAUUCCGUUGACACUACUGCUAUGCCAACUGUAGUGAAUAGUGGAGAAAACAUUUGGUGGAUAAUUGGUGCAGCGGUAUUAGUAUCACUAUUGGCUAUACUAAUAAUUGUGAUAUUAAUAGUAAUGAUGUACAUAAAAAGAACUAAUAAUAAUACAAAGAGACAAUCAGAUAAUGACAUUGUUAUGGAGUACAGUCCAGCUUAUGCUACAACUGAAUUGAAAACAAAUACUACUGACGAUAUACUAAUGAAAGAUAGUCCAGCAUACAAUGCAGUACAGCAAACACAAUCAACUGUUGAUCUAGUGUGUGAUGAUGAUGAAUAUGAGACUCCUCUUCCACCACCUUCUACUUAAUAUGAAAUACCAACUGUUUAAUAAUCUUUAGUUACUGCAUUAAUUGAUGUGCAGUGCAACAUUAAUUUGUGAAAUGCCUUUGUCAUAGUUUUAUGUUAAAUAUAAAUUUUUA